AUGACCGCAAAAAUUGUUGGGGCCGAAGACAUGAACUGGCUGAUCAAGUGUUUGUUCUGGCAUCGUUACUGCGUUUGCGGCACUGUCACUGAGAAGAACCACUCCCAAAUUGAAAAAGAAGCUUUUGAACUUGUGUUUGCUGUAAAAAAACCACAAGUACCUGUUUGGAAGAAAAUUUCUCCUGUUAAUCAAUGUCAAUCAUAA